AGUAGAGUUAUUACUUUGCAGUUUCCUAGCUGUAGAAGGAAGUCUUUUUGUUGGGCUAGCCUCUCUAUAAAUAGAAGGCUUGUAGUUCAGUUUUAUUCAAUUCAGUAUUCAAACUUCAAUAAGAGUUUUCAAGAGUUGCAAGAAAUAUUUCCUUGUGAUUUCUUAGGCUUACCAACCCCUGGUUGUGGCGCCUUGCCC